AUGGCGGACGUCGAGCGUGCCUCUGGCUCUGUCAGAGUGACAGGUCGCACCUGGUACCACACUACGCUCUUCAAUGCCUUCAUUAUCGGAGGUGUUGGCUUCAUGGCCCCUGGCCUAUGGAAUGCCAUGAGCGCUCUCGGUGCCGGAGGAGCCCAGUCCCCCUAUCUGGUGAAUGCAGCAAAUGCCCUGGUCUUCGGCCUAAUGGGAAUCCUCUGUCUGAUCGGCGGUCCCAUCGCCAACCGCAUCGGCCUUUCCUGGACUCUCCUGCUUGGUGCCGUCGGAUACCCAGUUUACUCCGCCGGCCUGUACACGAACAACAGGUACGGGAACGAGUGGUUCGUCCUUGUCGGCGCCGUGGCCUGCGGCAUCUCCGCCGGUCUGUUCUGGGCAAGCGAGGGCGCCAUCGCGCUGGGCUACCCGGAGCCAGGAAAGCGAGGCAGGUACAUGAACAUCUGGCUGUGGUUCCGCACAGGCGGGCCCCUCCUCGGCGGCGCCAUCGUGCUGGCGCUCAACAACAACGCGGCGGCCAAGAAGAAGGGGAAAGUCGGCCACCAGGUGUACAUCAUCUUCAUCGCGCUGCAGUGCCUGUCCGUACCCCUGGCCUACUUCCUCUCCCCGCCGGAGAAGGUGCAGCGCGCCGACGGCAGCAAGGUCAUCAUCCGCGGCGAGAAGUCGUUCAGGGCCGAGUUCCGCGCGCUGUGGCAGGCCAGCAAGAGGAGAGACAUCAUCCUGCUGCUGCCCAUCUUCUGGGCCGCCUACUUCAACCAGUACUCGGGCAACUUCCAGACGUACUACUUUGGCGUGCGGGCGCGCGCGCUCAUCGGGUUUGUUAGCAACUUCGGCACCCUGCUGUCGUCGCAGCUCAUCAGCACGCUGCUCGACUACAAGGGGUUUCCGGUCAAGAAGCGCAUCACGGUCGGGUUCUACUACAUCAUCGCGCUGCACAUCAUCGCAUGGGUUUAUGGCUGGGUCAUCCAGGAGAAGUACACGGCCAACCCGCCCGCGUUUGACUGGGCCGAUGCCGGAUUCACCGAGGGCUUCUUCGUCCUUCUUCUGUGGGACUUCGCCCGGCAGGCUCUGCAGAACUGGCUUUACUACCUGCUUGCUACCAAGACGGACAACAUCUCGGAGCUGAGCCGCUUCUCGGGCAUCCUCAGGGGCCAGGAGAGUUUCUCGCAGGCGGUCGCGUUCGGUCUGAACACCCGGAACUGGCACGGCGGCCGUGUGCCGCUGAUCGUCAAUACCGUGCUGCUUGUGCUCGCCAUCUGCCCAACUUACAUUGUCAUGCGAGACCAUGUCCCCGUCGAAGCGGGUGCCAAACAGCCGGUGGAGGAGGCCAACACCGAAGAAGCCAGCAUCGAUGAGUCUGCAGUUGGAGGGAAGUCCGAAGUUACUGUCCAGACAGCGCAGGCAGACAAGAACUUGCCACGUACAAGUGUUGCGAGGGAUAGGCCGAUGUAA